CGACUCCGCAGUACUUCAGAAGUUCAUUCAGUCCGACGUCAUGGCUCCUGCUCACAAGGGAAAGAAGGUCAGCAAGAAGCAGCUGCUCAAGUUCACGAUCGACUGCACCAUCCCCGUGGACGACCACGUCCUUGACCCUGCUUCGUUCGAAAAGUUCCUGCACGACCGCAUCAAGGUCGGCGGCAAGACUGGCGUGCUCGGCGACGCCGUCAAGAUCACCCGUGAGAAGACCAAGCUCCAGGUGGUUGCCGUGCCCCCGUUCAGCAAGCGUUACCUCAAGUACCUGACCAAGAAGUACCUGAAGAAGCAGCAGCUGCGUGACUACCUGCACGUCAUUGCCUCGGACAAGAACACGUACGAGCUCCGUUACUUUAACAUCCACGAUGCUGGUAACGACGCCGACGAGGACGACGAGUAAAUCAGUCAAUAGUGUUUUUGCUGUGUAGCUCAACAGAAUUGACCGAUUAAUGCAGAUUUGCUUCGGCACGGAGAAUCCCUAUGAUGAA